GAACUGCAAAGUAUAUCGUUUUGGGUUUAAAUUUUAUGGCGCGAGUAGCUAUUCCGGAGAAAAUUUUACAGAACGAAGAAAGACUUUGAAGAGAGAAAUAUUGAGAGAUUAUGUCGGAAAAGAAUGGGGAUGAACCUGGCCCAUCGACAAGCAAGAGCAAAUUUAGUCGGCUUCAAAGGUUUAGAGACUUAGAAUUAAAGAUGAAUGAAGCAAGGAAGUUAAAUCACCAAGAAGUAGUGGAAGAGGAUCAGAGAAAUAAACUGCCGGCCAACUUUGAACAGAAACGGAAGAGGGUCGAGUGGGAGGAAGAGCAAGAGAAAAAGAGAAAGGAAGCUGAGGAGGCCGGUGAAGAAUUUGACCGAGUCAAGUUAUUGGAGGUGGGAGCUGAUGAAGCAGAGAGGUGGGAACGAAAGAAGAAAAAGAAAAAUCCUGAUCAGGGCUUCUCAGACUAUGAAUCGGCCACAUUCCGUCAGUAUCAGAGAUUAACAAAGGAAAUGAAACCAGACAUGAAUCAAUACAAGGAACAGAGAGAUAAAGCAGGAGAAGAUUUUUAUGCCACGCGUAACACAUUGGGGCUCAAUCAGUGGAAGGACAAACCAGAGAACGUGGAUAGAAUGGUAGAAGAUCUGGAAAAACAGAUAAAAAAGAGAGAAAAAUACAGCCGUCGCAGAACCUUUGAUGAAGAUGCUGACAUUGACUAUAUUAAUGAACGUAAUAUGAAAUUUAACAAGAAACUGGAACGUUUCUAUGGCACCUACACAGCGGAGAUCAAACAGAACUUAGAGAGAGGGACAGCUGUUUAGUGAAAUAUUGGAUACAAGUACAUUUAAAGGAGAUGCAGAGUUUCUUUACUUCAAAAAUUUUGAUGGUUAUCAUGAAAAAUAUUUGUGAUAAUGACAUGUAUUUUACCUGAUUCUGUCUGACUAUGUGUAAAGAUGGUAUCAUAUACAUGUAAUUUCAAAAUAGCUGGGUGUUUUUUUGUUUUAAAUAUAAUUAAAAUCAUUAUGUCACAUUUUAUUCUAAGAAAGGGUUAUUGCAGUAAAGCAUCAUAUUUCAUUUUAGUUGUUGUAAAUAAUGUUUUUUUUAAAUUUCAUUUCUGCUUGUAAAAAAUGGGUUUUUUCUUCAUUUUUAUUUUUGCUUGUAAAUAAUGUUUUUCAUACAUGAUUUAUUAUAUUCAAAUAUGUUUCUCUUUCUAAAUGUCAUUGUAUCAAGUUUCAUUCUAAGAGAAACAUAUUUAAUACAUGGGUUAUACAAAAGGGGGAAAAAUCCAAGUUUGUCAUUGGAUUACCUGUAUGAUCUGUCUUAUUUAUCAAAUGAUUGGAAGAAUAAACUUAAUUUUUAUGCUUUACAAA